CGCGGGGACCGAGGAGCGCCGGGUUUUGAUGGAGAGAAGCUGCUUCUCAAACAGACACAACCCGAUCUUCGCCAAUUAAGACAUGAAAGGCUGCGUAUUUUUAGACGAUUAUAGGAUCCUGGGGAGGCGGCGUAAAGUAGGAGGCUGAAGUCUGUGACCAGCCAAGAGCAGUAAUCGCUCUGGAAUGUCUCGUCCUAACGAAAUAGGAAUGCGUACACACCGACAGUGAGACCUGUGCGUUUAUCGAGCCUACGAACGUGGGUCCGCGGCGCGUCCUCCGGGGCAUUCCGGCUUUCCCACAGUGCGCCUCUGAGCCGAUCCUUGCAGUCUGCUCAGUGGUUUUCCGGGCCAACUCGAUCGAAGAGGAAAAAAAAAUUUCCCCAUUCUCAUAUCUGGCCCGAACCGAAAUAAGAGUCCAUUUGGAUUCAUCGCUGUGCUUUCCGAGAGGAGAUAUUUUUGGAACGCAUAAUCAUCGACGAGUAACUCCGUGCCAGAUCUCGGAACGGUGACAGUGGUGAUUUCUGGCCUUCCUCGCGCUCUCCCAUGUCUCGAUGGACUCCCGGAUGUAACAGGCUGUAUACCCUAAAAGCGGAUAUGAAGAGUGACGUUCCCUCUGAUGCACCAAAGAGACAGGAGAGCCUGAAGGGGAUCCUCUUGAACCCCGAACCCCUCGAGGCGGCCAAAAGCUUCCCCGAAGAAGUGGAGAUGAUUGCCAGCAAAGUGGGGAAUGACUUUUCUCACCUGUGCGGUGACUCCCCGAAGCAGGAGAAGGCCACGGGCGGCAACCGGCCCGAGCGAGACAAGGGGACGGGCGUGCGGAAGAAGCGCAAGAGCCAGCAGGCCGGCCCCUCGGACUCCCAGAAGGGAAGCCCGGGGCCGCUGGGGCCGAGGCGCCCCCCGGAGCCGCAGAGCGACGACGAAGACGACGACGACUCCUCUUUCAGCGACUGCGUCUCCUCCCCUUCCUCCAGCCUGCAUUUCGGGGACUCGGACACGGUCACCUCGGACACGGACCGGGAGGCCCCCGAGCGGCCCCCGCCCCCGGCGGCCCUGACGGCCAAGGGCCGGACUCAGGGGGCCCGGGCCCCGAAGUGGCCGCGGCCCGAGCCCGAGCCGGUGUCGGGCCUGUUCAUGAAGCGGCCCUGCUUCCACGGCGGCUCCCUGCGCAGGCUGCCCUGCCGCAAGAGGUUCGUGAAGAACGGCUCCUCGCAGCGGACGCAGAAACAGAAGGAGCGGAUCUUGCUGCAGAGGAAGAAACGGGAGGUGCUGGCCCGCAGGAAGUACGCCCUGCUGCCCAGCUCCAGCGGCUCCAGCGAGAACGAUCUCAGCAGCGAGUCGUCGGCCAGCUCCUCCACCGAAGGAGAGGAAGAUCUGUUCGUGGCCCCCGGCGAGAGCCACCAGCCCAGCUCCAGCCUUCCCUCAGGAAGCAUAGACGAAGAUGUCGUGGUGAUCGAAGCGUCCUCCACCCCCCAAGUCACUGCCAACGAAGAAAUCAACGUUACCUCAACGGACAGUGAGGUGGAGAUCGUGACGGUCGGCGAGAGCUACCGGUCCCGUUCCAGCCUCGGCCACUCGAGAUCCCCCUGGGGCCAGAGCGCCGCCUCUCAUCCCGCCCGGCCCCAGGAGCCCCGCAGCCGCAGCCGGGUCUCCACGGUCAUCCAGCCGCUGCGGCAGAGCGCGGCCGAAGUGGUGGACCUCACCGUGGAUGAGGACGAGCCGACAGUGGUGCCGACCCCCUCCGCUCGAGUGGAGUCCCAGGUGGGGAGUUCUUCCAGCACUUGCUCCAAUGCCCCUACCUCAGAGCAGGCCUCUGACGCCGCCUCAGCCGUCUCCAACCGCCAACCUCCCGUAGCGCCCGAGACUUCCGCCGCCCUCCCCGCCAGCCCGCCGGGCCCUUCUGCAGGAGAGGACCUCAGGAGAACGGCACCGAGCGCCACACUGGAAACGAGCCCCCCCGCCAUGCCGCGGCUGCCCUCCUGCUGCCCCCAGCACUCGCCCUGCGGAGGGUCGGCGCAGAGCCACCACGCCCUGGGCCACCCCCCGCACGCCGGCUGCUUCCAGCAGCACGGCCACCACUUCCAGCACCACCACCACCACCAUCACCACCACCAGGCCCCGCUCCCGGCCGUCCCGCUCUCUCCCCCCUUCGGCGACCCCAGCUGCCCCGUGGAGAGGCACCCGCCGGCCCAGGCCCCGUGCGGCACCGGCAGCGGCUCCGGCGCCGGCUACCACGACCAGCAGGCCCUCCCGGUGGACCUGAGCAGCAGCGGCAUCCGAAGCCACGGAGGGGGCAGCUUCCACGGCGCGUCUGCCUUCGACCCCUGCUGCCCUGCUUCUUCUUCUUCCCGUUCGGCCAUCUUCGGCCACCAGGCCGCGGCCGGGCCCAGCCAACCCAUCUCCAUGGACGGCUUCGGAUCGAGCCUGGUGGCCCAGAGCCAGCCCCAGCCCCCUCCCCAAGCGUCGCUCUCCUCCUGCCGCCAUUACAUGCCGCCUCCGUAUACUUCCUUGACGAGACCACUGCUCCACCAAGCUUCCGCCUGCCCCCACUCGCACGGGAACCCCCCCGCGCAGCCGCCGCCUCCGCCCCAAGUGGACUACGUGAUCCCGCACCCCGUCCACCCCUUCCACGCGCAGAUAUCCUCCCACGCCGCGUCUCACCCCGUGGCGGCCCCGCCCCCGACCCACCACCUGGCCAGCACGGCCGCCCCGCUCCCCCAGCACCUGCCACCCGCCCACCAGCCCAUGUCUCACCAUAUCCCGGCCACGGCCCCGUCGGCCCAGAGGCUGCACCCCCACGACGUGAUCCAGAGGAUGGAGGUCCAGAGAAGGAGGCUGAUGCAGCACCCGACGCGGGCCCAUGAGCGCCCCCCGCCCCACCCUCACAGGAUGCACCCCAACUACGGCCACGGGCAUCACAUCCACGUGCCUCAGACGAUGUCGUCGCAUCCCCGGCAGGCUCCGGAGCGCUCCGCCUGGGAACUGGGGAUUGAAGCCGGAGUGACGGCAGCCACCUACCCCCCGGGCCCGCUCCACACCCACCUGGGCCACUACCACGCGCCGCCCCGACUCCACCACCUGCAGAUCGGGGCCCUCCCGCUAAUGGUUCCAGACAUGGCGGGCUACCCUCACAUCCGUUACAUUUCAUCGGGAUUGGACGGCGCGUCAUUCAGAGGCCCUUUCAGGGGCAAUUUUGAGGAGCUGAUCCACCUGGAGGAGCGGCUGGGGAACGUCAACCGCGGAGCCUCGCAGGGAACCAUCGAGAGGUGUACGUACCCGCACAAGUACAAGAAGGUAACCACUGAUUGGUUCUCACAGAGGAAACUGCACUGCAAGCAAGAUGGGGAGGAAGGGACAGAGGAGGACACCGAGGAAAAGUGCACCAUCUGUUUGUCUAUACUAGAGGAAGGGGAAGACGUGAGGCGCCUUCCGUGUAUGCACCUCUUCCACCAGGUGUGCGUCGACCAGUGGCUCAUCACCAACAAGAAGUGUCCCAUCUGCAGAGUGGACAUUGAGGCCCAGCUGCCCAGCGAAAGUUGACCCCGUUUCCCCGAACUCUUGCCCUCCUCCCCGCCCCGUCCUCUCCCCGGUACCGCAGUCAACCAAAGAUGGCACGACGACUCACCCACCACACCCGCUCGGGAGCGCCGGGGCCGGGCCUGCCCGCUCCGCUCGACGGUACAGCUCGCCCUCGACCUACAGUUUGUGGAGACCGUUGAUUUUCAAUGUAUUUAUAAAGCUUUUUUCGUUGGGUUUUUUUUUUUUUUUCGGUUUCUCCUCCCCCCCGCCCUCCCCACCCCCGUCCCCAAUUCAUUCGACUGUAUUUUUGCAUGGUUCCUUGUAUUGCAUUUCUUUGCACAUAUUACGGGCUUUGUGACACCCCCUCCCCCCCCUCCGGCCCCCGGCCCCCUCGCGCUCCCGCCGCCCCUCCAAACUCGCAGGCAAGAUUAGCCGCUUGAGUAAGUAGAAUCGUGCGGUCUGUUCGUUCUCCACCCGGUCCCGGGCUUUCGAGAGUCGGGAUUUCAUCCGUCACUAACCCCGGGUCCUUAAUUUAAUCGCGCCUCUUCGGUUCACUGUAUAAAGACCGGCUAGAAAAACGAUAAAGAGUGGUUGUACGAAGACAUUCCUUAAUCGGGACAAAACGGCUGCUGUAGAUUUCCAGUCUCCGGUUUGGAGUUCCACACCAUCCAGGACCCCGGGAACACGAUCCCGACUCUCCAGUCAGGUGCCGGAGGCGAACCCGGCAGCGGGGCGGGGGCGAGGCGUCCGAACCUUUGGUGUUGUCCGUCGAGGUUUCCUUUUAGCACAACGCAGAUAGGUCUGAAUGUUGAUACUCUCUCUCCCUUUAGACUGCUGUCCCGACUGUAUUUAUCUCUCCUUUUUUAUUUUUAUCU